UUCUACUUUUAUUUUUGUUUUUCUUGGCUGUCAGAGCUGGGAGGGUACAGCCGGUUUUGGCAAUGUGGUAUCCACAGUUCUUGUCGGGCUCUUCUAGCGAGCGGUCACAAAAGAGAAAACACUUUCCUCACAUUCCCCAACAAAUUCUCAGUCAAAUAAUAACAAGUCAACGUGUCCGGCGUCAAGUCAAUAUUUGAUUAGUGAGCUCAUUAGCUGGCCAGGACUAAAACGACAGUGAAGGACCUUUCACACAAUGAAACAAUUUCUGUUCCUGCUACUUCACCUGAUUUCACAGCCGCUGAUUCAGUCGCAGACCGCACUAAGCUAUGAGCAAGCACGCCAGGCAGUUCUUACUGCCGAGGAGGAGCUCAUGACCGGUGGACACACAUACCUGAGCACGCAAGAGGCCAAAGUGGACGAUAUCUUUAUGGAAUAUAAACUCGGAGAGCUGUCCCAAGGAUUCCGGAAUGCUGAGCAGAAUGCAGCUGCUCUGCAUUUUUUUAAGGCCAAGCCGCUGAUCGAUCGGAGUGGUGUCUUUCGCUUUCUGCAGAAGAUGCCCAAGGGAGCGGUCCUGCAUCUGCACAAUACCGCUUCCGUGAGCUCCAAGUGGGUGGUCCAGGAUAUAUCCUAUAUGCCCGGUAUGCUGCGCUGCACCACCGCCACGGGUCGCAGUGUCCUGUCCUUCCGGCGGACACCCAAGGAGCACCAGUGUCAGUCGCAGUAUGUCCGUGUGGCCGACGAGCGACAGAAUUCCGUCGACAGGCAGGUCUACGAUCAGAAUUUCGAGCGCCUAAUCAAUCUUUAUACGCCAGUUCCGGAACUGGAAUAUCCCACAAUCACCCAUGUUUGGGAUCGCUUUCAGGACAUGUUUGAUGUUAUCGGGGAUGCCCUCGCCUACUUGCCUGCCUUUCGAGCCUACCACUGGCAGAUGCUCGAGGAGCUCUAUAACGACAAUGUGAUGUAUGCGGAGAUCCGCACCAGCUGCAAGAAGCUUUAUGAUGCCAGUGGACGCACCUUUCCCAGAGAACGAACUAUCCGGGAGCUGUAUGCCUUGAACGAGAAGUUCACCAAGUUACAUCCGGACUUCCUAGGUAUGAAAAUCAUUUUCGCCGUCUAUCGAGGCUACGAAGUGGAUCAACUUAAGGAGACCAUUGAGGAAUUUAAACAAAUCCACGAAAUCUUCCCACAGUUUGUGGUUGGAUUUGAUUUGGUGGGUCAGGAGGAUAAGGGCAAGCCGCUGUAUACUCUGUUGCCUGCCUUGAGGGAUUUGCCACCUACAGCUCGCCUAUUUCUGCACGGUGGAGAGACAAAUUGGUUUGGUGCCUCUACGGACAUUAAUCUCCUGGACGCUCUACUGCUCAAUACUACACGUAUUGGUCAUGGUUAUGCUUUGGCUAAGCAUCCCAUUCUCAUGAAUGCCGUCAAGACACGCCAUAUCGCCGUGGAGGUGAGUCCCAUAUCGAAUCAGGUGCUGCAUCUGGUUUGGGACAUGCGUAAUCAUCCGGGUUCCCAGUACUUGGCUUUGGAUGUUCCUGUGGUGAUUUGCAAUGAUGAUCCUGGAUUCUGGAAUGCCAAAGGUCUCAGCUAUGACUUUUACUAUGCCAUCAUGAGUCUGGCUCCCAAUAAUGCCGGCCUGCGGGUUCUGAAAACUCUGGUUUGGAACUCUGUGCGCUACUCCACGCUGACGGAGGAGGAGCAGACGCGUGCUUUUAAAAUACUGGAGCUAAGCUGGACACGUUUUAUGGAGAAGGUCCUGCAGGGCAGCGUCUUCUGAAU